CGUUCCCGCUGACCCCCGCACACACAGUUCCAGCCCAAACCUCUGCAAGCAACUACGGCCAACGCGCUGCCCCCAGCCCCAGGAGCUGCGGCGUUUCCCGCCUGCUUUUCUCCUGGAAUCAGCAAUUGAAGAGCUGCGGUCCGCAGGAGAAUCGCGUCGAGGGCCACCCGCCCGCUUGUUCUUAGCCACAGCCCUUUUCCGCCCUCCCGAAUCCUUCUUGCUAUCCGCCAACCAAAGAAUUUUUCUGCCCCCCGAUUUUUGCCAGUGCUGGUGGCGUCGGCAGCAACAAGAGUGGCCGCCGCCCCUCCCUCCAGCCGGCCAUCUUGGAGCCAAACCCCGCCGCUGCCCAAGGACGAUGAGCGCUCCGGAGGGACGGACGGGCACUUGACCUCCGCCCUGUCCAGCUGCUGAGCCCCCGCGCCGCCGCCCUUCAGGAUGAGCCCCGCCAGCCCGGCGCUGCAGCUGCUGCUGCUGCUCUUCCCGCUGGCACAGAGAAGGCAUCUCUCUCCCCUGAAGAAGGAUGUAACUGCCAGGAGGUCUGGGAGCCUUCCAAGGUUGGCAACCAUAUACGCCCAAGCACUGAACACGCUGGGCAUGGAGAUGACGGCCGUAACCCCCGUCUAUGCGCUGAACGGCUCUUCCAUCCGCCUCACCUGCACAUUCAAUUCAUGCUACCAGGUAGACAAAAAGCAGUUCUCCAUGAACUGGACCUACCAAACCUGUCAGAACUGCACCGAAGAGAUGUUCUUGCAGUUUAAGCUGAAAGUGGUUCCUGUGGAGCUGAAGCGUUUUGAGGAUCGUGUGGAGUUUACGGGGAACCCCACCAAGAACGAUGUGUCCUUCACCCUCCACAACGUGCAGCUGGAGGAUGCAGGGCUGUACAACUGCUACGUGAUGAACCCGCCUGACCGGCACAAGGGCCACUUCCAGAUCAGCCUCCAGGUUCUCACCGAAGAGCCCCCAGAGCGGGACUCCACUGUGGCCGUGAUUGUGGGUGCCACUGUGGGAGGCUUCCUGGCUGUGGUGAUCCUGGCCUUGGUCAUUGUCAAGUGUGUCCGGCGCAAGAAGCAGCAGAGGCUCAACACGGAUGACCAGAAGACCGAAGAAGAGGGCAAGACAGAUGGGGAAGGGAACCCGGAGGAAGGCAUGAAGUAGGGGGGAGCCUCUCCCCCUGGCUGGCCUCCUCCUUGUCCCUGGCCUCUUCUCCCACGGACUUUCUCCAAAGCAAAGAGCUCCACCCAAAAUUUCAGAAAGACUGGGCUGCUUUCUCUCCCCCUCUUCACCCCUGGGCUCUUGGGCCAGAGCACAGCAGGGGCUGCCUGCCUGCCACUAGGGGGAUUUUAUUGUGGGGAGGUAAUUUGCUGAAACUGAAAGCUGCCUAGGGUGAGUCUGCAUUCCUGCCCCAGGUGGGUGGAGGAGGUUCCUCCGUGUGGACUGAGGGAGCCCUGUUUUGUGUCCCUGGCAAGAAGGCCACCCCUCCCCCACCCCUGCUGCCUCAAUGGCAAGUCCUGGGGAGGUGAAAGCUCUUCCCCUUUGCUCAUGGAGCACUGGGAUCCCUACUGGAAGGGGCCCCAGAGGAGGCCGAAGGCUUAGGAGCUGAUGAGGACUCACAGCUCUGUGGCAGAGAGAAGAUCUGUGCAUUCCAUGGCCAAGCAGGAUUUCCCCUCCAAAGCAGAGACUGCCAUUUCUCACUUCCCACCUUGAACACCAAGCACAAUUCACCACUGCCACAAGAAUUCACUGCCAGAAGUCAGCAGCCAUCUCUCUUGCAGGCCAGCACUGCGCGCACACACACACGCACACACACACACACACACACACAGACACACCGUGCAAACCCACUGCAGGGCUGUUUGGAAGGAAUGCUGUUGACCUCGCACCCCUCUUCUCAUGAAAAAACCCGAAGGUUUUCUGCCUGGCAGGUAGAAGGUGUGUGCCAGUUGAGGGGAGCAAGGGAAGGACGGAAGGAAGGAAGGAAGGAAGGUUGUCUGUUUGGGGCUUAGUGGAAGAGUUUCCACCCAGACCCACUGCAGCCAACUGGUCUUUGCUUUCUCUGCUCACACAUCUUGCCUCCUAGUUAGAAUCCCCAAGCAAGAAGGGCCCUGGAGGCCUCCAUUCCCCCCACCUCCCUGCCACAUGACCCCCUCCUGGGAUUCUCCACUCAGCAGCUCCUGAACUGGCCUUUACUUCUGGGCACGAGGCUCCUUUCCUAGGAUAUUCCCCUGGGGGGUGAGAGCAAGUAAUUCCCCGGUUGGCUUGUGACUGUGCUGUUUUUGGCUCUGCUGCUUCUCCUUGAAAUUGCACUUUGCUGUCUGCUGAUUGCAACACCCCCCCCCCCUUUCUGUCAUGUUCCCAACACCUGCCCUCGGCUGAGAUGGGUUAUGCAACCUUUCUGUCCUUAUUUUGCGAAAUCUGCAAUUCAGAUUCCUCAGCGUCAGCCUGAAAAGUUUUCAUUGCUCUUUUUGUAAGUGUAGAAUUGAGUUGGCCUCCAUUUGCACGGGGACAGUGACUUUCUGUGCUGCGCUGGAAAUUGAUGUUUCUUCUCCUGGGUCUGCUCAGGACAUCCAACAGUCAGAUGAAAUAAAGCAGAGCUUGCCUCUCAA